AUGGUAAACCAAAUUUCCAAGACUGAAGACUUCAAGGCCGUUAUUGCCCAAAACAAGCUUGUUGUUGUCGAUUUCUUUGCUACAUGGUGUGGUCCUUGCAAGGCUAUUGCUCCCAAGGUCGAUCAAUUUUCCAAGACCUACAGCGAGGCCGAGUUUAUCAAGGUCGAUGUUGAUGAAUUGAGCGAAAUUGCUGCCGAGGCUGGUGUUCAUGCUAUGCCCUCCUUCUUCCUCUACAAGAGCGGUCAAAAGAUUGCUGAAGUCGUUGGUGCCAACCCUGCCAAGCUCGAGGCUGCUAUCAAGGAGAACCUUUAA